AUGGAUCCAAGAUUAGUGGGAAAGUUCAGUGCUGCUUCAGCAUGGAAAUUUUUAGAGAUAGCCCUGUCUUGCAUUCCACAAGUUGCAAUUCAAAGGCCUGAUAUAGGCCACGUAGUAGCUGAUUUAAAGGAAUGUCUGGCCUUGGAAAUGUCCCUUCAAAAUGCAGAAAGUAAAAGUGGGACUUCUGGAUCUCCUUUGAUUACCACUUAUUUUCCACUUGAAUCAAACUCAGGUCCAUGUGCUAGGUUCCAUAGAUCUGGAAGUGUGAACAAGAAAAGCGAUGUUUACAGUUUUGGGAUAAUUCUGCUUGAGCUAAUGACUGGACAGCGACCAAUAACUGAAACGUCUGACGGCGCACGACACAUAUCUGAUUGGGUAAAUCCAAAGCUUGAGACUGGGGAUAUCCAAGCCAUUGUGGAUCCAAGAUUAGAAGGAAAAUUCAGUCGUGCUUCAGCAUGGAAGUUUCUAGAGAUAGCCAUGUCUUGCAUUACACCCGCAGCAGUCCAAAGACCUGAUAUAAGUUCUGUUGUAUUUGAUCUCAAGCAAUGUGUGGCUAUGGAAGCAUCACCGGAAACAAGUUAUUCCCUGUCUGGAUCAUACUCUCCUCCAUCUGCUAGGUAG